AUGUAUGAUUCAGAAAGCCUCCAUCCUCGAGCUAACUCCAUCCAACCUAACCUAGAAGAGCUUUGGGCAAUCUGGACAUCUGACUCCCGCAUUCCAAUGCGUGCGUCGCGACAUGCAUGGGCCACCUCAUGGAACAUAAGUCCAGUGCGCGUCGACGGCUGGUUCUGGGCUCGCAAAUCAAAGGCGAAGAAACCGGGACAGCCGCUACCGAACAAAACGUACAAGCUUUCGUUGGUACCGCCGGCUGCUUCAGUGACCCUGAAGAGAGAGCUCACAACUCCAGCCCCACCCCCACCGCACGCCCGCAAUUUUGAUACGACUGAUGUCGACUCGCCAUCUGGCAAUGCUCCCAUUUUGUUGGACGUGGACUUUUCUCCAAGUCAAAACGCGAUGUACAUGCCUCCAAAAUUUCCCGUCACGCCUGUUAUCCCUGAACCUACGGAUGGAGGCGUACAUAUACGCCAUCACGCUCACAAAUAUUCACCAGUAACAUGCACUCUCCCCCCAUGA